AUGCCCCGCAAACCGAAGAAGAAGCAGACGCGGCUUGCUUUUGCGCCAACCGCCGCUUCUGGUGAUUCAAACGAGGAUGAAAUCGACCGCUUUGCCAGGCUUUCCUACAGCCAUCCUAACCUGGCCACUGUACGACCCGAAAUUCCCCGUCGAACGAAGCCCGCAUCCCCGCCUGUGACAGCCAGCUCGUCCACUACAACCUCCCGCCCGAAGGCUUCUCCGGUGAAGGAAAGCGAGCAGGAAAAGAAGGAGAAGCAAGAGAAGAAGGAUAAAAAGGGCAAGAUGGAGAAGAAGGAAAAGAAGGACAAGAAUAAGAGGAAGCUGAAAGAGCAAGAGGAAGAACCACAACCAGCACCACCGGAGCCGGAAGAGUCCUCUGAGGACGAGAUCGUCGUGCCGGGGUCAACGAAACGAGCGCGGCGUUCCAGCAUCGACUUCGCCAUCAUGAAGCCCGUCCAAUCUUCACAAUCUCCACAGCUUCCCUCCGGCUCCCCCGCCAACGUCAUAAAACUCGAUUCUUCUGAGGAGGAUGAGGUAGACAUUGUUCAACCUCGUCGCAGACUGAAGCGUAAGGCUGAGCGCUCUUCCGUCAUUCUAAGCGACUCAGAUGAUUCCGAGCCCGUGGUGUCUUCGCCCGUCAAGAGGCGACGCCGGGCCUCGCCGAUGGAGACUCCUCGGACACCCCACUCUAGUGUCGACAAGGAUCAACAAGAACUGGAAGACGACGUGAGGGACCUUCGGGACUCUGUUGUCAAGAACACUCGCACGCGCGGUCGGGCAUAUGAGUCUGCAAGGGACAAGAAAAAGAAACUUCUCGAAAGCAUUCGUCGUCGGCGUGCCGGGCAGAAAGAAGAAAGCGAGGAGGAGUCGGACGAGGAGUCGGAAGAUGAGCCUCCGCAAUCCAGUCCGACCAACCAUUUCUUCAUUUCACGGCGCAUCAAUAACAACGACGACAGCGAAGUUGAAUCCGAGAUCGAUGCUAACGAGGAUCUGGACCGUUAUGAGGAUGACUUCGUCUUGGAGGACAACGAACUCGGCGUCCCGACGGAGGAGAUUCCCCUUGAAUUUACACGACACGCUUAUAAGCAACCAAAGGAGUACUUCCGCGAUGUCGUGGCAUGGAUGGUGCACAACCGUAUAGACCCGGCCUUCCCCCGUGACGACGCUAUGUACCAAAUGGCUUUCCAGAAGCUAAGCGAUGAAGUCAAAGCUCGUGCAGGGUCUUCGCUCAUCUCCUCCGUCUGGACGGCCAAGUUCCGCCAGGUACUUCUCGCGAGACCGCAUCUCGAGAUUACGGGGUUUCCCACGUCAAUGAUGCACUCAUGUGAUGCUUGCAAUCGAGCUGGCCACCCCGCAUCCUCAGAUCUGAAGUUCUACGGCAAGCCGUACUCUGAAGAGACCUUGGAACCUAUAACCGACGAUAGCAGCGACGACGAGUCAUCCACAGCAUCCGACUCUAGCGAUGAGGACAGCAAGGAUAGUAGUGCCGACGACUCAGACGUGGAACGUGAUCGUGAUGGAAACAUUCUGCCUGAUGAGAACACGCGGUUUUAUCUGGGAAAAACUUGCAAGGCAAAUGCCUAUAUGGCUCAUCUCCUCACCCACUGGCGCUACCAACUUAACGAAUGGGUUGUCGAUUACCUCCGACGCAUGGGCCACAUGGAAGACGCCGAGGUCUUGCGACGCGAAAACUUGAGCCAGAAGCGGAAAACACGCAAUGCAAUUGACGUGUGCAAGAAGAUGGAGGCGGAUGGUGAGAUUGAGAGGCUCUACCGAGACUUCCAUAUACAUCUCAAGACCGCUCGUGAGAAGACAUCUACCAUGGAGCUCUUGCAGAAUAUGGGGUGA